AUGAGCACUCUCACAGGCCGUGAGCGAUCGAGAUGGCCGCCACUCACCCGAAUGCUUAUGUCUGGCGAGUUGACAGACGAGAGAUCGCGGCAGUUGACCCGAAGAGAGAGAUUUGACGUGUGGAUGGUCAACGAAGGCUACCGGAGGGCAUUUGUCUCUGUGUUCUUGAUACUACACGUCAUGGUGUUCACGUUUGGCAUGAUGAACUAUGGGCUGAAGGACAACUCGGCCGGAGCACGAGAUAGAUUUGGCCUGACAUUUCCCAUAGCUCGUUCGGCUGCCUUGGUCCUACACGUGGAUGUGGCUUUCAUUCUCUUCCCCGUCUGCAGAAACUUGAUUUCCAUGGCCCGUCUCACGCCUCUAGGAGACAUCAUUCCCUUUGACAAGAACAUCACCUUCCACAAGCUUGUCGCUUGGUCCAUCGUCUUCUUCACAUGGGUCCACACAAUCGCCCACUGGAACAAUCUCGCCAGGUUCUCAGCGUCCAACAAUCUGGGUUUCAUGGGUUUCAUCCUAGCCAACCUCGCCACGGGCCCUGGCUGGAGCGGGUACGUCAUGUUGGUUGCACUGAUGGCCAUUGCGAUUACGGCUGCAGAAGCGCCCCGACGUGCAAACUUUGAGCGCUUCUGGUACACGCACCACCUCUUCAUCGUCUUCUUCAUCUUCUGGUCCAUCCACGGGGCUUUCUGCAUGAUCACGCCCGACUUUGCGCCGUUCUGCGAUGGCAUCGGCGUCUUCUGGGAAUACUGGAUGUACGGCGGAUUCGUAUACCUGGCCGAGCGUAUCUCGCGUGAGAUUCGAGGCCGACACAAAACAUAUGUCUCCAAGGUCAUUCAUCACCCCAGCAAUGUUUGUGAGAUCCAGAUCAAAAAGGAGAACACUAAGACUCGGGCUGGUCAGUACAUCUUCUUGUGCUGCCCAGAAGUGUCUAUCUGGCAAUAUCAUCCUUUCACACUCACCAGCGCACCCGAGGAGGACUACAUCUCCGUGCACGUCCGCAUGGUCGGCGACUUCACCAAAGCGCUCGGCAAAGCGCUAGGCUGCGAUCUCGACAAGAAAGGCGGUAGUGGAGAAAAGGGCGACAAGGCAAGCGCCGAGGAAGUUGCGCUCCGCCAGAUCCUCCCUCGAGUCUACAUCGACGGGCCCUUUGGCUCCGCAUCCGAAGACGUAUUCAAGUUCGAAGUCGCCGUGCUGGUCGGCGCCGGAAUCGGCGUCACACCGUUUGCCUCGAUCCUGAAGAGCAUCUGGUACCGCAUGAACUACCCGCAGGGCCGCACGCGCCUGCGCAAAGUCUACUUCUUCUGGAUCUGUCGUGAUUUCGGCUCGUUUGAGUGGUUUAGGUCGUUGCUGCUGGCGAUCGAGGCGCAGGAUCUGGAGCAGCAUAUUGAGAUACAUACUUACCUCACAGCCAAGAUUAAGACGGACGACGCGACAAAUAUCAUGAUCAACGAUGCAAAUAGCGAGCAAGACGCUAUCACUGGCCUCCGCGCACCUACUAACUUCGGCCGCCCUAACUGGGAUAUGAUCUUCAAGUGUAUCCGCAAGAUUCACUCGCCGGCCGAGGCGGGUGUGUUCUUCUGCGGGCCAAAGGGUCUGGGGUCUACGUUGCAUGUCAAGUGCAAUAAGUGGUCUGAGCCGGGGUUUAGUUUUGUGUGGGGGAAGGAGAACUUUUAA